CCGCUUGCUCUGCGGUGACGUCACACAGAGGUCGGACACCCCCUCUCUGAAUAUGGCUGCUGUUUACAGUGUGCGCGCUGGUUCCGCUGGCGGUGCCGCCGGGGUUGCCUUCCUGAUCGAAAACGGGGGAAGCCCUUCUCAAAAUGACGAGCGGCUCAGCCGUGUGGGCAGCGGCCAAGCCGGGCUCGACCUGGGUGCCGCGGGUCAGCCAGCGGACGAGGCCAGCCGGACAAUGCCGACGGAGGAGGCGCUGCAAACAAAAGCGAAGCAGCGUGAGGACGGGCUGCACACAAAGUUGUGGGAAGUGUGGGAGAGCGCCGGGGAGACCGUCCCGUCCGGAGACUCCGCCAAGGACGAGAAGGCCGCCCCUCCGUUCCGUCUGCGUCGCAAGCAGCUCCUGAUCACCUACUCCGGGGAGGACAUCGGAGAGGAGGUGCUGCACGGGGGAGAGGAGACGGAGUCGGGAUCGGAGUCCGAGGGGGGGGCGGCGACACCAAGGGGAGGGGGAGGGGGCGGCAGUGUCUCGCGGUCUUCAUCGCUGUCCGAUGGGGAGGAGGAGGAGGAGGAGGGGAGGAGCUGGAAUCUCAGGCAGAGGAAGGAAUGCCCGCGCUGCGGCGAGCGUUUCAACGGGAUUUGCAGCUGCAGCCGGCACCAGAAACCGCCCACCAGAGGAGGCAGCGAGAGGGAGAGGGAGAGGGACGAGAACCACCACAGCCCUCGGCCUGCUGGGUACGGCUUCCUGGGGAGGGGGGAGUCCCGUUCCAGGCUGGACCCCCCCGAACCGGGAGACCACCUGAACAUCACCGCGGAGGACCCCGGCGCGGACCCCCUGGAGUGUCCGGAGUGCGGGAUGUGUUUCUCGGACGGCGCUGAGUUCCGCACCCACCGGCAGUACCACACGGACUUCGAGCCCAUGGACGAGGGGGGCGCCGAUCUCCACGGCGACGAGAGCGCGUUCGGACCCCCGUGGAAGAGGCUGCAGAGGCAGCACGAGGAGCCCCGCUUCCCCGGCGCCUACCCUUUUGAAUGCAAGCACUGCAGCAAAGGGUUCAAGCACCACACCUCCCUGCAGAAACACAUGUACCUCCACAGCGGCGCCAGGCCCUUCCAGUGCCCCCAGUGCCCGGACGCCUUCGCCUUCGAGCCCAGGCUGCGCAGCCACCUCAAGCUGCACCAACUGAAGCCACACCGCUGCCCGCAGUGCCGCAAGGGGUACCGGGAGGAGAGGCAGCUGCGGGAGCACCUGGCCUCGCACCAGCGCAGCAAGCCCUACCCCUGCCCGCUGUGCCCCAAGACCUACCGCACAGCGGCCGAGCUCAAGGACCACAGCAACACGCACACCGGGGAGCGCCCCUACGCCUGCCCGCACUGCCAGAAGAGGUUCGCACACAGGGGGGGCCUGAUCGUGCACAGCAAGACGCACAGCGGGGGCAGGAAGGGCCGGCGCGCGCUGGACAGGGGGAGGCCCCCCUCCCCGCCCUCCUCCUCCUCCUCCCAGUCCAGACGGGGACAGGGAGAGGGGAGCGGGCAGGCUGGGCUCCGGUGUUUGGACUGUGGGGUUUAUUUCAGGCGGGAGUCGGAGCUUCACGAACAUUACAUGCAGCACGCCCGGGGAGAGCUGUAGAACUGAGACACACACGCUGACACACAGUCAUAGACACACACACACUCAGACAUAUACACAGACACACACGCACUGACACACACACACUCACACAUACACACAGACACACACACACUGAGACACACACACACACACACUCAGACAUAUACACAGACACACACACUGAGACACACACUGACAGGAGAGCAGUGAAGGUGGUACUGAUCCCAAUAGAGUAGUCACUUUGGGUUUUUUAUUUUUUUUUAAAUAUUUAACUCUAGCCAAGUUUCUAACCAAGAAGUAUUUAUUUUAUUUUUUACAAUUUUUAGCUCUUCUGUAAAAUUACUUUUUCUUUUUUUUUUAAAGUGUGUUGGUGUGACGGCCCGAGACCCUGAUGAGAGACGGCUGGAUUUUAUUACAGCAUCCAUGUGUCACCUCCCAGCCCAGUCCCCUACCCCCGUGCACCCUACACCCUCCCCUCCCAGCCUCGGGUCCGCCCUCGGACUCACCUCCCAGCCCAGUCCCCUACCCCCGUGCACCCUACACCCUCCCAGCCUCGGGUCCGCCCUCGGACUCACUUCCCAGCCCAGUCCCCUACCCCCGUGCACCCUACACCCUCCCAGCCUCGGGUCCGCCCUCGGACUCACCUCCCAGCCCAGUCCCCUACCCCCGUGCACCCUACACCCUCCCCUCCCAGCCUCGGGUCCGCCCUCGGACUCACCUCCCAGCCCAGACCCCUACCCCCGUGCAUCCUACACCCUCCCAGCCUCGGGUCCGCCCUCGGACUCGCCUCCCAGCCCAGACCCCUACCCCCGUGCACCCUACACCCUCCCAGCCUCGGGUCCGCCCUCGGACUCACCUCCCAGCCCAGACCCCUACCCCCGUGCAUCCUACACCCUCCCAGCCUCGGGUCCGCCCUCGGACUCACCUCCCAGCCCAGACCCCUACCCCCAUGCACCCUACACCCUCCCCUGCCAACCUCACUCACCAGGCUACAGGCUGCGGAGUGCAGACCGGGGGUGCCUGCGUCCACUUCGGACAUCUGUGGCUAUCACCCCCCCCCCCCCCCAUCAACCCCUGACAGCAGUGCAAGCAGAGGCUGAAAUCACUGGUACAUUCCACUGGACUGUGUAGAGAUCCAUAGAGAGAGAGAGAGAGGGAGGUGGACAGACAGACAGAUAGAUAGAUAGAUAGAUAGAGUGAUAGAUUGAUGGAUUUUUGUUUUGUUUUCUAUUAUGAAUUGUUUGAUAUUAUUUGUGUAAUAAAAUAACCUGUGGGUUGA